AUGUCUGACUCUCGCUACCACCGCGUGGGACUGGAUGUCGACGACGAGGGUUCGGUGAACGAUAAAAAGGCCCUCGCGAGGAAAGCGCUGCUCCGCGAUGCCCUGAUCGCCGUGGGAGGUGUGAUUGUUGGCGCGGUGUUGUUUCUGGUGUUGUUUCGACUCAGGCCGCCGAUUGAUCGUGAUGUGGUUUGUGGGGAGUAUGUUUCGGCUUAUGAUUCGCCGCUGUUGAAGGAUGUCGGGAUUAAAUUUCAGAAGAAGCGGUUUGAUGUCGCGAGCCAUAAUCAGAGUGUUUAUCAGCAUCUCGGUGGGCCGGAGAGUGGUGUUGACGAGGCGUGGGAGGAGUUGGGUUUUGAUUACGCACGAGUGACCCUCCCCUCCUCCAUCGGCAAAUCCGCCGGUCUAGAAGGCCACGCCCGCAUCCCCGGCUCAGAAGACUACAUCGCCUUUAUCGAAGUCCUGCACCAACUGCACUGCCUCAAUAUGGUGCGCCAAGGCCUCUACUUCAACAUCGACUACUACAAAUCGCAGGGCAAACCACCCUUCCACGCCUCCGACGAAUUCCUGCAAUACCACCUCUCGCACUGCAUCGAGACGAUCCGCCAGCAGCUCAUGUGCGCCGCGGAUUUCAACAUGUUUGGGUACGUGCAGGUGAAGCAUCAGACGGGGCAGAAGAAGCUUUUCCCGGAUUAUGCGACGCAGCAUGUUUGUCGGAAUUUUGAGGCUAUCAAGCAGUGGGCCGUGGAGCAUCAGGAUGGGAGGUUGGAGGAUAUGGAGACGUUGGCGAGAGAGUUGGAGCCAAGGAAAGGGGAUAUUGUGCUGGACGAGAUUCCAUAA